CCACAGCCCUGACAGCGUACUUGAGAUCCGCUCCAUCCGCGUGGGCGUAGUGGCGCUCAGAGCCCUGCACACUGGCUUCUACGUGGCCAUGAGCCGCCGUGGUCGCCUCUAUGGCUCGCGGGUCUACACUGUGCACUGCAGGUUCCAGGAGCGCAUCGAGGAGAAUGGCUACAACACCUACGCGUCUGUGCGUUGGCGCCACCGCGGCCGGCCCAUGUUCCUGGCGCUGGACGGGCGGGGGGCCCCGAGGCGCGGUGGCCGGACACAGCGACACCAGCUGUCCACCCACUUCCUGCCUGUCCUGGUCUCCUGAGGCCUCAGGGUCGGUGAGGAACCGCCAGACUGAGAUUCCGAGGAUGUGGCGACUGGGUGGCCGGAGGCGGGAGGCUGGAGAAGGCCUAGGCCGCCACCUGGCAUCUUUUCGGUCCCUCAUUCGUUUCCCGUGCGUUGAGCGCCAGCGGUGUGCGAGCACUGGGGACACCGCAGGGCCCCCCAGAUGUGCCUGGCCCUCAGGGAGCUCCUGGCUCCAAGGGGAGGGGGACACAGCUGAGCAGGGGCCGUGCAUGUCCAACCACAAGUUUGGGGGAUGAGGGGACCUCAGCAGGGCACCUGCCGGGCUAGAGACAAGGAUGCAGCCACGUGGUGGCCAGAUCUGGGACACAGCCUAGGCCGAGGCUCGGAGGUGGGAACCCAUUGGGGUGUUUGAGGCAGCAAGGAGGUGGGGAGGCUGGGGCAGAGUGGGGGGGGGGCUGGGGGAGAGGGGGACACCAGCAUACCAUGGAGCGGCAGGUCCUAGCCCCAGGACCUGCAGACCUGUCACCUCACAGGGCAGAGGGGACUCUGCAGGUGGGGUUAAGUCUCCCGGGAUGCAAGUGACCCUGGACUCCCGGAGGGCUCCAUGUCAUCACAAGGUCCCUAUCAGAGGGAGGCGGGAGGUCAGAGUCAAAGAGAGACGGGGGAUGCUGCGCUGCUGGCGGUGAGGAUGCACCGAGGGGCCGCGAGCCAGGGAUGCGGCGCCUCUAGAAGCUGGAAGAGGCAGGAGCCGCUUCUCCCUGGAGCCUCCGGAGGGACCAGCACCCCCCAGGCCUGGGUUUAGCCCCAUAAGGCCUGAUUGGAAUUGUGAGCCCAGGAUUGUGAGGUGAUAAACGUGUGUUGUUUUAAGCCACCAAGUUUUGGUGAUUUGUUGCCAAAUCAGCUGCCCUCUGAGACCCACACAUGGUGUCAAACUGAAGUCAGUCCUCAGAGCCCCUCAGAUCUCGUGGGGUGAGCAGGGCUAGAGAUGGGAUGGGGUGAGCAGACCGGUCACCCACUGCAGCCGAGAGAGCCAAGUGACUCUGCCGGUCCGCCUCCGGGCUGGGGUCUGGGGGCUGCGGCCAGCUCUCUGCGCGCGCACAAGGAACACGCCAACCACCUGCUUCUCUUUCUAAGUAGGUGUAUUUUUAAAUAGCUUUCAAGAUACACAUAUUUUUCUCCUUUAAAAAA